UUCCACUCCGUUUCUAUUCAUACUUUGAGUUUUGUUAACGUGGCUUUUCACGUUUCAUUCUGUUGGUUACGGGGAUUCGGGGGAGCCAUCUGUGUGUUUUCUAGUUUUAAUUUUUAACUCUUUAGAGUGUAAAGCUCUGUGGACUUCAGUUUGUGACAUGGCCAACCCUUUAAGGGGGGAAGUCUUCAGGCUGUACAAGAAUCUGCUCUAUCUCGGCCGGGAAUACCCCAAAGGGGCAGCUUACUUCAGAGAGCGCCUCAAGUCCGCCUUCAUGAAGAACAAAGACGUGAAGGAUCCGGAGAAAAUCAAGGCGCUGGUGGCUAAAGGAGACUUUGUCAUCAAGGAGCUGCAAGCUCUGUACUACCUGAGAAAAUACCGAGCCAUGAAGAAGAGAUACUAUGAGUCUGAGGAAUAAACAAAAGAACCAGCAGACCGACCGUUUUUAUCUGUAUCUGACUAUGAAGUAACAACACAAACACCAACGUUUUAGGAAAACAAAUGGAUUCCUAAUCUUUGAGGGAUUCAAACUAAACCGCCUUGUCAUAAUCUUGUUUGUAUUUUGACAUUAUUCAUUUGUUUUGAUGUCGGAGUCCUGAGUUUUGAUUCAGACUGUGUUAGUCAAAGUUUGCUCAAUAUUAAAAAAAAUAUAUGUUUUAGCUCAAAAAUGCUUUUUAUGCUCCGAAUGUGACUCUUACAGAUUUACAAAAACAGGGAAAAUCAGCAAAACACUAAAUCAUGUAAAGAGUCAUAUUUUUUGUUGCAGCGAUUUCAUUGUAAAUAAAUGUAUAUUUUAUGUAAAUAUGAUGAAUUCUCUUGAUAAGUGAAUGUAAACAAUUAUAUGUGAAGCCAAAAAAGUCCUAUUUGAACCACUUACAACAUAAAAUACUUUGCCUGAG